UCUCGCGGAUAUCAGACGCGCGUUGAUCGACAGAACGCUUAUAGGAACGUCGUCUUUGUCGCGGUUUUAGCUCGGCAUAAUCGUCUCGCGUGCAACGGAUACUCGCGAUCGCGGCGGAUGCGAUAUCACGCUUUCGCGAUCCAUCUUACGUUCCGCCAACGGUUUUGCGAUUCUAUUCGAAUGGUAAUAACGGUGCUCGCCGAUUAUCGAAACGUGAAAAAUUCGCGCAGUUAGCAGCCGACGUUCUAUAUAGACGAAUGGAAGCGGUAUAAUAAAAGAAUAGGAAGAAUAUAGCGCGGGAUAAGAUAUAUCGACCGGUUGUUCGAUCUCUUAAAGGACGCCAUUCGUUUUGGCGGGCACGUGGCUUCUCGUUGCCGGCUUGAAUGCGAAUUCGUUGGACCGAACCGAAUUGCCGUUCGCACUCAUGAACAGUAUUACGUCAAAAAUGGAGUCUAUGGAUAUAGCAGAGCCCACUAUCCUGGAUAAAGAUGUUGGCGCAACAUCCUGUAAGGAGUCUGUAUCUGUCGAUGAUAUGACCUCGAGAGACUAUUACUUUGAUUCUUAUGCUCAUUAUGGAAUACACGAGGAAAUGUUAAAAGAUGAAGUACGCACUGUAACUUAUCGUAAUUCAAUGUAUCAUAACAAACAUCUCUUCAAAGGGAAAACGGUUCUUGAUAUUGGCUGCGGCACCGGUAUUCUCUCCAUGUUUGCAGCUAAGGCUGGCGCAGCUAAAGUUAUCGGUAUCGAGUGCUCUAAUAUUGUCGAAUAUGCAGAGAAGAUAGUAGAAGCGAACAAUCUUUCCAAUGUUAUAACGAUACUUAAAGGAAAAGUCGAGGAAGUUUCAUUACCCGAUGGAAUAGAGAAGGUCGAUAUAAUAAUAUCCGAAUGGAUGGGCUAUUGUUUGUUCUACGAAUCCAUGUUAGACACAGUACUUUUUGCCAGGGAUAAGUGGCUUCGCGAAGAUGGUAUGCUAUUUCCUGACAAAGCGACUUUGUUUAUCUGUGGGAUUGAAGACAGACAAUACAAGGACGAAAAGAUUAAUUGGUGGGAUGAUGUAUACGGAUUUGACAUGAGUAGUAUAAGGAAGGUGGCGAUUAGCGAGCCACUAGUGGAUGUUGUUGAUCCCAAACAAGUCGUUACAAAUGCAUGCCUAAUCAAAGAAGUUGAUCUUUACACUGUGACGAAAGCGGAUCUCGAGUUUUCAUCGCCAUUUACCCUGCAAGUUCGUAGAAACGACUAUGUUCAAGCCCUAGUUACAUUCUUCAACAUCGAAUUCACCAAGUGCCACAAACGUAUUGGCUUCAGUACCGCACCGGAAGUGCCAUAUACACAUUGGAAGCAAACUGUCUUUUAUUUCGACGAAUACAUGACGGUGAAGAAAGGAGAGGAAAUUUAUGGCGUAUUUUCGAUGAGGCCCAAUGCCAGAAAUUAUAGAGAUCUGGAUUUCAGCAUCGAGUUGGACUUUAAAGGAGAGUUGUGUCAAGUACACGAAACUAAUAAUUACCGUAUGCGCUGAUAUUCAGCGGAUUGUGCGUCUUCUUCCUCUUUUUUUUCAUAGCUCAUGAGAAAUCAUUUAAUCAAACCUGGAGUCGAUUCUCUACUAAUUAUGCAAUUAUAAACGAUGAUCGCAAUUAUAAACAGCACGAUCGAUGCAUGCAUCGAUGAUGGUACAUGAGCUGUCAAAGUUUUGCGAAUCUUUAAUUUUUAAAAUGAUGCUUCCUGGUUAGACGUUUAAUGUAAUGACUUUUAUAGACAUUCUCCGAUAAACGUGCAAAUCUGGUAAAUCUAUCAUAUUUAUAACACUAAAUUCGAACAAACGACGAGAUAUUGUAGUAAGAAAAUAAACGAAUUUUCGCGCACAACUGAAAAUCAUCAGUUUGAUUGUAAAAAAAAAAGAAAAGAAGAAGAAAAACUUUUUGAACCUUAAACAUGAGUGUGUCUUUAUGAUAUUUCAUCGUAAUGUUAAAAGAAACUACUUGUGUGUGUAUAAUUAAUAAGUCUGACAUAUAAUAAAAUAUAAUUGUGCGCCAAAAUUCUUUGCCCUCAAAAUUAUUUAUUUUUAUAUAUUACAGGAUUCUUUGCGCUUAAAUGUAUGUGAUAAUGCUAUCAAAAAUUGCAUUAUGUUUGACAAAAGCAUCUUUUACACAAAUUUUAAUCUGAUUACAAUUUUUACGCGAAUUUUUAUUAUUGCUUAUUUUAAAUCGACAUUCAUUUAUUUGCGAUUUGUCAAAAAAUAACAAAUAGAAUGGAUGUGUUUGAAGAGUGCUAUUUUUCUGCAAAUGUUCUUGUAUGUACAUGACAAUGUGAACGAGCCUAAUGGCGAAAAUCCUCGAAAAGUAUUUGAACAUUGAUAUAAAUAUAAUUAUACAAUC